GCUAUAUAAGCCCUGUUGCCCCUGUGAAAACCAGAAAGCCUUCCAUUAUAGUCUCUCGUUCCACAUCUCACAAGGCAGCCAUCAGACAUGAGAGAGUGCAUCUCCAUCCACAUCGGCCAGGCUGGUAUCCAGGUCGGCAACGCCUGCUGGGAGCUCUACUGCCUGGAGCACGGCAUUCAGCCGGAUGGCCAGAUGCCCGGCGGCAAGACGGUUGGCGGAGUAGACGAUGCCUUCAACACCUUCUUCAGCGAGACCGGGGCCGGGAAGCAUGUCCCCCGCGCCGUGUUCGUCGACCUCGAACCCACCGUGAUCGAUGAGGUCCGCACUGGCUCCUACCGCCAGCUCUUCCACCCUGAGCAGCUCAUCAGCGGAAAGGAGGACGCGGCCAACAACUUCGCCCGCGGCCACUACACCAUUGGGAAGGAGAUCGUGGAUCUGUGCUUGGACCGCAUCCGGAAGCUGGCAGACAACUGUACCGGCCUCCAGGGCUUCUUGGUCUUCCAUGCGGUUGGUGGCGGCACAGGGUCUGGACUGGGAUCCCUGCUUCUCGAGCGGCUCUCGGUCGAUUACGGCAAGAAGUCGAAGCUGGGAUUCACCGUCUAUCCUUCGCCUCAGGUUUCCACUUCUGUCGUCGAGCCCUACAACAGCGUCCUCUCAACCCACUCCCUCCUUGAGCACACUGAUGUCGCAGUGCUCCUCGACAACGAGGCGAUCUAUGACAUCUGCCGCCGCUCUCUUGACAUCGAGCGCCCCACCUACACCAACCUCAAUCGCCUCGUCUCUCAGGUGAUCUCGUCUUUGACGGCUUCGCUGCGCUUCGACGGAGCGCUUAACGUGGACGUGACGGAGUUCCAGACGAACCUGGUGCCGUACCCGAGGAUCCACUUCAUGCUGUCGUCCUACGCGCCGGUAAUAUCGGCGGAGAAGGCCUACCACGAGCAGCUGUCGGUGGCGGAGAUCACGAACAGCGCAUUCGAGCCGUCGUCGAUGAUGGCCAAGUGCGACCCGCGGCACGGCAAGUACAUGGCCUGUUGCCUCAUGUACCGGGGUGACGUAGUCCCCAAGGACGUGAACGCGGCGGUGGCCACCAUCAAGACGAAGCGCACCAUCCAAUUCGUGGACUGGUGCCCCACGGGGUUCAAGUGCGGCAUCAACUACCAGCCGCCGACGGUGGUGCCGGGCGGGGACCUGGCCAAGGUGCAGCGAGCCGUGUGCAUGAUCUCCAACUCCACCAGCGUGGCGGAUGUGUUCUCGAGAAUCGACCACAAGUUCGACCUGAUGUACGCCAAGAGAGCGUUCGUGCACUGGUACGUGGGGGAGGGGAUGGAGGAGGGGGAGUUCUCGGAGGCAAGGGAGGACCUGGCGGCGCUGGAGAAGGACUACGAGGAGGUGGGGGCGGAGUCGGCGGAAGGUGAGGAAUACGACGAGGCAGACGAGUAUUAGGCAGUCGAUCUCAAAUGGAAGGCAGCUUCUUGCAACACCAAUAGACGUAUGGUCUGUGUGCUGCAGCCAGCCGGUGUUGUCUUUUUAGUUGUUGAUAUAAGACAUGAUGACCCUUAAUGUGUAAUUUGCCAAUGUGUAAUUUGUCAUCACCCUUAAUUCGUCAUCAUGUCUUCAAUAUAACUGCCACCGUAACAUACGUCAUCAACAACAACUAAAAGAGAACAUCGUCUUGCCAAUGUUUAA